UUUCCUGGGAAAUGGCCAAUGUAAGUCAGCUGAAUGAUUUACGAAGCUAUUCCCGCCACUGGCUGGGCGAAUUCAUUGAACAAUACCAGACCGAAGAGUGUCUGUGGCAGCCAAAACAUCCGGACUACAGCAACAACACAGUACGCAACAAGGCCUACGAUAAAUUGGUGGAAAAACUAAAAGAGGUCGAACCGAACCCAGACCGUAACAUGGUGGUGCGUAAAAUAAACUCACUGCGUUCUGCGUUCCGUCGCGAGUAUAGGAAAAUGCAUUCCAAACAAAACUAUGAGACGCGUUUGUGGUAUUACGACAAGUUGUCAUUCAUCGCUGACCAGGGGUUGAAGCGCGCCAUCACCUCCAUUGGGGGUAGUGGUUCGGAUGUUAAGGCGCCAAAACGUUCCCUCACAUUGGCCUUCGAGGAUGAUGAUUCCAUUGAAUUUGAAGAUGAACAACACAUGGAGGCCGGCAGUGCCCAUUCCGCCUCGCAGACAGAUUUGCAGCAGGAUCCCAAUCUAACCACUACCAUUACCACCAGUAAUGGUGAAGUUGUACCCGUGUCCAUUGUCAAGAGUGAAGAUCACAAAAUGCAUCACCACCAGCAGCAGCAUGUCCAGCAUGAACCGCCACCGUUACACCACCACCAACAGCAUCAACAGCAGCAGCAGCAACAACAUCAUCACCAUCAUCAUCAUGCUGCCGCUCAACAGCUGCACGCUCAAACCCAACCGCAACAUACAACGGCCGUUAAGGUGCUAGAAAUUACAUCGCUCGAUUCGAAUUCUCAACGUGAAAUCCAACAGGCCGUCAAUUCGUUGGAACAGCAACAUCAAAUCCAACAACAACUCCAGCAGCAGCAACAACAGCAGGCGAAUGGUGCUGCCACAGCACAACUUACGCAACUCCAUCAGCAAGUGCCGACCAUACAAAUUGCGCGCGAACACCUGCAACCAUUGUUCGGUUCGGCGACAGCGUACACAACAACAACGACUGGCGGUGGCGGCAGUGGCAACGGUACUGGCCGCAAUGAGGAUGAGUUUGAUGCAAUCGGCAUAAAUGUGGCAAGCAAGUUGCGUGUCAUGAAUACCCAUCAGCGUAUCAUUGCCGAAAAGCUAAUCAGUGAUGUGCUGUUCAAUGGGCAAUUGGAUAAUUUGAGUGUCAAUUCGCAUUUGUCACAGUAGGAAAUGAAGCCAGGGGGCAGAACAAGAAUUGUACAACAAC